GCUGUGUGGCUUCCAACCGCCGGCACAGGAGUACAGUCCAUUGGCAGACGGGCUCAAUCCGCGAGUGUCGCACCUGCUUCACUCGAUGCGCUGUCCCCGAUUUCCACCGGACGUGGACGUUGGAGGAGAUAAAGAUGAGAAGGAGGUAGAGAGAAGAAGGGAGGACAGAGGAGGAAGAGAGCGGUGAACCUUGCGAGGGAGCUUCAGGAUGCAGACCGAGACUGCUCCUCAGUUCUCUUCAGCUGCCAUGAAGAGAACCAGUGACUGGAUCCGUUCACAAGAAUUCCCGAGCGAUAUUACCAUCCAAGUUGGGGAGAGCACCUUCAACCUGCACAAGCUGCCAUUGGCGUCUAAAUGCGGCUACAUCAGGAAGCAGGUGUCAGGGGCCAACGGCUCCCGGGUCACCCACCUCGAGAUCGCGGGCAUGCCCGGCGACGCCAAGGCGUUCGACCUCGUCAUCAAGUUCUGCUACGGCGUCAACUUCGAGAUCACGGCCGACAACGUCGCCAUGCUGCGCUGCGCCGCCGAGCACCUGGAGAUGACCGAGGAGUGCAAGCCGGGGAACCUGAUCGGCAGGGCGGAGGCCUACCUGGAAGAGGUGGCGCUGGCGAGCCUCGCGGGCGCGGUCACCGCGCUCCGCAGUGCCGAGGAGCUCCUCCCGGCGUCCGACAAGGUGCGGCUCAUCGGCAGGUGCAUCGACGCCGUCGCGACCAUGACGUGCGGCGACGGGGGUGGCGACGAUGGCGGACUGAAGCCCGUGGACGAGUACUGGUGGGUCGACGAGCUGACGGCGCUGCGGAUCGACACGUUUCAGAGAGUCAUGAUCGCCAUGAAGGCCAGAGGGUUCAAGGGCAUCGCCAUGGGGACUAUGAUCAUGCUCUACGCUCAGAAGUCUCUUCGAAGACUGGACAUGAACGGUAGAGACAGGAAGAAGAUGGAGCCUCGGCAGGAGCACGAGAAGCGUGUGGUCCUCGAGACGAUCGUGAGCCUGCUGCCGAGGGAGAAGAACACCAUGUCGGUCAGCUUCCUGUCGAUGCUGCUCCGAGCGGCGAUCUACCUGGACACGUCGCUAGCGUGUCGGCUCGACCUGGAGGGGCGGAUGGCCGGGCAGCUCGGCCAGGCCGUGCUCGACGACCUCCUCAUCCCGUCCUCCUCUCCCGAAGGCGCUGGCGCGACGGCCUUCGAUGUCGACGCUGUGCAGAGGAUCAUGGCUGGCUACCUGGAGCACGAGGGCGAGGCGACCCGGCUGGACUACAACACCGACGACGACUUCGUCUCGGCGGCAUCGCCGCCCAACGACGUCGGGCCGGUCGGCAGGCUCAUGGAGAGCUACCUCGCCGAGAUCUCGUCGGACGUGAACCUGCCGGUCGACAAGUUCACUUGUCUCGCCGAGCUCAUCCCGGAGCGCGCCAGGUUCAACGAGGACGGCAUGUACCGCGCCAUCGACAUCUACUUGAAGGCCCAUCCGUCGCUGAGCGAGGGCGAGAGGAAGAAGGUGUGCAGCGUGAUGGACUGCCAGAAGCUGUCGCGGGAGGCGUGCGCGCACGCGGCGCAGAACGACCGACUGCCGAUGCAGACGGUCGUGCAGGUGCUGUACCACGAGCAGCGGCGCCUCCGCUUGCCGCCCUCGCAGCCUCCGAGCGGCGCACCAUCUUACGCCGGAGGGGAGUCGCCGGCGCUAUCGUACAGGCCAACGCCGAGCUUCAACGGGCGGGACCGGAGCGCGCCGUCAAGCGAGGUGUCGCGGCUGCAGCGAGAGAACGACGAGCUCAGGAUGGAGCUGCUCCAGAUGAAGAUGCGGCUCAGGGACCCCUCGGCGGCGCCGCCGCCGCAGCCGCCGCUUGCGGCAGCGCCUAGCGGAGGCCGGAGCUUCCCACCGUCGGGGAAGCCGCCUCUGCCGAAGAAGCCGGGCGGCGGCAGCGGCGGUGGCGGGUUCAUGAAGAAGCUCGGACGGCUCAACCCGUUCGUCCGUGACCCUGUGGCCGCCGGCAAGGUCCGCACGAAGCCGGCCAAGGAUCGGAGGCACUCCAUUUCUUGAUACUCUUUACUUAAGAUCAAUAAGCAUGUUAGUGUAGUAUGGAUGUAGUGUACAGUUUGUAAUUUGUGCCACCAUUAUGUGAUCGACACGUAUCAUGUCAAGUUCCUAUUGAAGAAACUCAAGCCAUUGUAAAAUUUUGGACA